AUGGCUGGGGCAGGGAACGGACCGACACCCUGCCACCGCCGUGUGCCGCAUCUCCUUGAUGCUCGACUGUGUCCUUGUCGAACCGAGCGUCCAAGGUGGGCGCACAGCUCGCGCCUCUCGGCACCCCAUGCUCCUCUCACGGGGCAAUUUUCCCCACGAGUGGGCGUCGCGGAAUGCGUCGCAACAUGCCGAGCAAUCCGCGGGGGAUUCCAGUCGAGAUGGUUGAGUGGAUGCAUACGCAUCGACGACGCUAUUACCUGA